UCAGUCAGGAAAUUAGUUUCAAGUCCAUCUGUCAUCAUGAACACUUCUCUCUCUCCAAGUCCUGCAUGUCCAGAGUUCCAGAGAAACAGAGAGGACUUCCCUGCUUCGCUAGACAAACUACGGCAGCUGAUAGAAGACAAAGUUCACGUCCUACAAUCCCCAUUCACUGAGGAGCAACAGGGUUCGGUGUGUGAGGAGAACACAGGGAGAGGAGGACUGUGGACGUUUGCCCUUUUGAGUAAGAAGCUGACCUUUCACCUCCAGCAGCUGCAGAGACAGACAGAGCAGGAGCUCAGCAACAUACACACACAACUCUUGCAGAUUGAAGGCCGCCAGCAGCUGUUGACCACCGAGCUUUUUCAUCUUCAGGAGAAGAAGAAACGGACGGAACGAGAGCUGCAGAGAAACUCCAGCCUUCAGACGUCCGCUUUUCAGCUGUGUGUUUGUCGGGAGCUUCAGGCCUCCGUCACCGAGCGUUUGCUCCAAUCGGAGAGGUUGUUGUUCCAAGAGGAGGCACUGAGCGCGCUCCGUAACCUGCUGAGCCAAGACCUGCAGAGGUACCAGGAAGAGACGCAGAGACUGACCUGUUUCACACGGAAAAUACUCAAACAAUCCCACAGGUCCGACCCAGAGGAAACGUCCAGCAGCAGACUGAGUGACGGCAGCAUGCAGGGAAAGAACGAGCCAGAGCAAGAAAACAACAUGCAUGCACCCAAGUACCCUUCCUACCAAUCCCCACUUAGUCCUCGCCAGACCACCAAUGAAGAAGAGGCAGAGCAGGCCGGGAGAGCCAGUCCUAGGAAAGCAGCUGCAGGCCUUCCCCGUAGUUCAAACCUGCACCGAGCCGGAAGCGUCAAAAACCUGAUCAGUAAAUUCUCUGGUCCGGAUCACGUCUCUUCUUCCGGUUCCCCACAGAGCCUCUCUUCUGGAACAGGGCAAGUCCCAAAGUCUGCUUCUGCAGAGGCUAUCAAGUCUCCAAAGUCCAAGUCGAGUUGGUCUACACCGAGCGGCGUCGGACGAGACGAGAGUCCAGUUCCCAGCAUCACUGUGACUCCUCCGUUAAUGGGAGCCAGUCAGAACGCGGCUCAAUCAGCUCAGAGAAGCAUCAAUACUAGUCAGAUCUCUGCCAGGAUCGAUUGUCCAGUAGGAGGCAGUUUUGAGAAGACUAAUUCAGAACCGAGGAGAAAAACGCAAAUCGCAGACUCUGGUAGAGACUCAGUAGCUGACUCCGGCAUGGGAUCGGAGUCUGAAUUUGAUUCGAACAAGCAGUCCGACAGCCCGUCAGAGGAGGAGCCCACCACACCCCGAGCUGUGCCGACCAGCCAGAACCCCAAGUAUCAGCUGUACCUCAGCAACGAGCACAGGACCAACGGGUUGAGUGGCAGGGAUGCAGAUGGUCCGGGAGGCGGCGGGACGGUGGGGGAGAACGGCCCCAGGCUGACUACAUGGGAGACCAACCGGCUGGGCAUGAACCACUUUAAAGGGUCCCUGGAGUCCCUGGCCUCGCGGGACUGGGACACUAUGCCUGACAGGUGGGGUGUUGUUGACAGCCCCCCCAGGGUGUUCAACAGUCCAUACGCCACGGCCACCUCCAUGGAUUACAACCCCAUGUCCCGAAUGUCUGAGUUCAAGGGUCAGGGUGGACUGUCUCCUUCCACCUCAGAGAUGAACAUGUACAGCUACAACAGUCGCAGCACCAGUCCAGUGGGCAUGGGCAUGGGCAUGGCCACAUCCACCCUCAUCAACUCCCGCCCCCGAUUCUCCGCCUACGACACUCUGGUGAAGAGGAGGGCCGAGGUCAACAACCCCGUGGUACCGACCCACUACAGCAUGCGCUCUGCCACUCUGGGGGCACCCAAUAAAAAGGACUACAUAGAGGAGUUGACCAAACAGCUGGAUGCCUGCCAAAAGCGUAACCAGUUCCUGGAGGCAGAGAGUGUGGAGAUGGAGAAGGAGAGGAACCAGAUAAGGUUUGAGAUGCGCGGCCUGCUGGUGAACAACGAGGACCUGCUGAGGACCAACACUCAGCUGACCAACGAAAUGAAAAGGAUGCGAGAGCAGAUGAUAGAGAUGGAGAGAGAGAACCAAUCCAUGGGCGAGAGAUACCGAGAGAUGGAGAUUGAGGUGAAGCAGGCCAGGGACAUGAUGGUGGAGGCCAACACUCAGGAGUACGCCUUCAAUUACCUUCAGCAGUCCCUCAACAACAAGAUCCAGGACACCGAGGCGAACCUGGAGAAGCAGACGCAGCACGCCAAGACGCUGUCGGAGAAGUUGUGGCUGGUAGAGAGACAGCUGGAGGAGAUGGAGGUGGACAGAGACACCAGAGACAAGAGGUCAUCUGACCUCAACAGCUCCAUCCAAAGACUGGAGACAGAGCUGGCGGAGGCCCUGCAGGUGUCCACGCAGGCUACAGCCGAGCUGAGCCUGCAGCAGAAGCUGCGGGAGGACGGGCAGCUACGGGUGGAGGAGCUGGAGGAGUCUCUGCUGGAGAAGGAGCAGGAGCUGCAGAGACUGCAGCUGCUCGUCAGCAGGCUGCAGGGAGAGGUCUCUGGUAAGCUGAUUGAUAAGGAGCAGACGCUGGAGGAGGAGAUCCAGCUGAGAGAGAGGAUCCAGCUGCAGUGUAAGCAGGCGGAGAGGAUGGUGGACGACCUCCACAUGGAGCUGCACAGCUCCAACCAGGCCAAAGAUGACCUGGCCAAACAAGUCAAACAGGCUCAGGAGAAGAUGAUCGACCUGGAGAGUGAUCUGGAGGAGCUGCAUGAGAGCGAGCAGAGAUGGGCCGCUAAACACAAGAGAAGUAUCGAACAGACCGAGCAGCUUCAGCUGAAGCUGAUUCAGGAGAAAGAUCUCAACGACCAGCUGGAAACUGAGAAGGCCACCAUGGAGAGACAGCUGCGUGAGCUGCGUCUGGAGGUGGAGGAGCUUCACAGCUCCAGAGUUCAGGAGGACGUCAUCUCCCGGGCGGAGAGCAGAGUCAAAGAGCUGGAGAACACUCUGAGGACAGAGGAGAGGAACAAGUCUGUUCUGACAAACACCAUCAGUAAACUGGAGAGGAGGAUCAACGAGCUGAGCGAUCAGAUGGAAGAGGAACACCGGAUAGCUACAGAGCAGAAAGACCUGAUGACCCAGAGGAUGCGCUCUCUGAAGCGCCAGCUGAACGAGGCGGAGGAGGAGACGAGCAGGAGGGAGGCGCAGUACCGCCACACCCAGAGAGAGCUGGCCGAGGAGAGGGAGACCAACAGCCGGCUGCAGAGGCAGCUGCUCGACCAACACCUGCAGACAAAGCGUAAGGAGACUCUGACGAUCCGUCAGACUCUGGACAACCUGAAGUUGGACCUGAGCAUCGACGACGAAGAUGACGAUCAUCUCACAAACAAUGUCUCCAAAGUGUAAACCCUCACACUCCACGCCUUCUUUACACUGACAGUGCAGUUAGGGCGUGUGGUGACAUGUGGGACUUUCUCUAAACCUGGCACACCCACUUUACUACAGUCAUAGACCGGAGGCAUCUGCAGGUUGAACAAGACUACAUCCAUUCUGACAGAAAAGAAGCAUAAAUGCUCAGUGUUGGGAAGGUUACCUUUUGAAAUGUAAUAGGUUUAAAGAUGACUAGUUAACCUGAAUUUGUGGACACAGAAUUCCCACCGAAUUACACAUUUUUAAAAAGAUAAAAUACAACUCAGAAUGUUAACACAUCUCCACCCCCUGCAGAAAAACAGUCUGCUAAAUUCUGCAGAUUUUCAUUCUGGAUCUCCGCUGAAAACUGUAAAAAAAAAAAAAAUCUAAUAAAAAAAGAAGCAGAUUCCGUUUGGGUCUGGUAAUAGGUACCGUUACUAUUUGAAUUACUUUAAUAAAGUAAUGUAACAUAUUACAAUUGAUUACUUUUUGAUUACUUGUCUAAACAAAUGUUUGAAGGCAAGGCAGACUGUGGCAGUUUUCUACAAAUCGCUUUCUCACUCAUUGUCUCUGUUGCCAUCUCAAAGGAAAGAACGGUGCUGCUUAUGCUGAGAUAGCAGGAGAGCCAUCUUGUCAGUGGACAGUAACCGUAAACUUUAUUCCUCCGUAUUGUUUUUUGUCACAAUGUCACACUGAUCAUGUGUGAUGUAAAUUAGAGGCAGAGUCGCAAAACGGUCGGCUGCAUUGCUGAAAAACAACUAAUAAUGUUUAAAUGUACAAACAAGCUUAUUUAAAAAUUGAAAAUAGCAUAUCUAUGAUCCUCACUAUUAGGCUUUGGGGUCACUCGCAGACAGUUCGAGAAACGGAUUUGAAUUUUAAACUAAAAACAUGAUAUUUUACCAAAUCUGUGAGGCAUACUGAUCUACAGUAUAUUCUCUAUAUAUUCUCUAUAAUUAGGAAUUACAAAUGCCAAAGAGCAGUGUAGAGAGAUCUCCUGGUGGACUCAGGCCCGUUGUCAGUGUGACACAUCGUUGCACCUUCCAACGCUGAAGUCAAAUGCCUCUUUUGACAUGUUGAACGUCACCGCUCUUCUUUUCUAUUACAUAGAAUAUUACAUACAAUCAUAUUCGGCUUGUUUGCCAAAGAAAGUUAAUGUACAGAAGUUUGGUGCAGUCAGAUGCUGACAGACAUAACAGAAAAAUGUACUAGUGACUUAAAUUCGUGAACUUAUAGUUACGUGAUUAGGAUUUGCAUUAAGGUGCAUUGUAGUUUUUUUUAUGUGUUCUUGUAGUUGCUGUUAAAAUGAGCUUUAAACAGCCUGAUGUACAUUUUGGAGCGUGAAUUUCCAAUUGCACAAAAAGCGCUAUGGCCUUAAAGUCUGAACGGAUACUUUAACUCCGACACACUUCAUUUUAGAAAAGAAAGUCAGACACUCAAAGAAUCGCUGGUUCUUGGUAAAUUUGACAAACUUCUCUGAUUUUGCAGCGUUUGUUUUUAUUUGCUGGAGCUUUGGUUUUAGUGCUUUUUAUAAGGAGGGAUUUCCCAUGUUUGGUUUAGCGUGUUUGUAACGCAUUUAUCUGCAGUAUUUGAACAUAUUUCACGCUGGUUGUUGACAUAUUACACGGUAAUGACACAUAACUGCAGAGGAGGGAUCUUUGGAUGUGAUUUUAGCCGUUUUUGAUUCAUACACAAAAAAAACGAUUAAGAGUUAAGAAAAGUAAGAGAUUAUUUAUAUUUUUGUGUUUGUUAUUUUUAUGAUUCAAAGAUUUGUUGAAUUUUCUGUAUUUUUCCAAUUACUUGUGGGGCAAAAAACUAUUUUAGAGAAUGAAAUGUAUGAUUUUAGAGUUUAGUUUCUGGUAUUUAGGAGGCUUGCUGCUGUAUUGAGGAACUUACUGUGCCUCUCACAUACAGUAUCUGUUCAUGAGUUAAGCUUUAAGGGAUAAGAUUUUAAGUGUCGGUAAAGAAGACCAAAAAGAAAAUCUCACUUCACAAAUGGCGUUAAUGUGCAUCUUUGUUAAUUGUAUUUUAUCGAAAUUAACACAAAUAAUAAAGAAUGUUUACUUAAAUAGUUUUUGAAUGUUUAAAAGUGCAACCGCUAAGACGUUUUAGCUCUCAGAAGUAAAAUAAAUAAUGAAUACAGUUGGGUUCAAAGAUGUGUGUUAAUGCAAAGUGAGAAAGAGGCAAAGUUUAUAUGCUAUGUGGUUUUCUGUACCAUCCUCUGUUAAAUGUUCUGUAUACUCUUGUUUUUGAAGAAAAAAACAGACGGAAUAUAAACAUGGCUGGGUUGUUAAAUUUCAAUAAUCAGUAAAAAAGAAUUAGAAAUUAUUCUCAAAUAUUGAGUAUGGCCAAAAAGUUCAAUACUUUAAUUUGAAGGAAAAUUCUCCCUUCUGAUUGAGUUGGGAGUAAAUUGAACCCAGCCCUGUUCUAACAGUCCUCUGCAUGUUCCCUGCUUGAAGAAGGUCGGUCAAAUGCAUGUAGCUAAUAUUCAGAUACAGUUUGACUUCUCUGUUAUGUUUACAUUUGUUGGUGUAUUUUGCUUUUUUUUGGAAACAGGAACAUAAAUCACAUGACAUUUUCAUGUUAGCUGUUGGGAAUGUGUACUACAGUGUCACUGGUGUUUUUUUGAGUUCAUCUUUCUCAUAACAAAAAGUGACGGUGUCUACAGAUAUGUAAAAAGAAAUAGAUUUCAUUGACUUAUUUUUAUAACUUCAAAUUCUACCGGUUCUGCUGUUCUCUCUGUAUUUAUUUUUCACAUUCUCUCUUUUGGUGAGAAGUUUCUUAGUACAAAAUGCAAAUAAAUUCUUCUCCACUGUGAA